AUGGGUGCUUGUUGCUCUAGACGCGAUGACGAAGAUGCUGCUAGGUUUCGUUAUAUUGAUGGUAGACGAUAUCACAAUAUCUCCAAUUCAGAGUAUAUAUUGGCGAAUGAUGAAGUAGAGGCUGAACGUUUAAUACGAUAUCAUGAAGCGAUGAAAAAUAUUUGGGGAGGAUUGUUCCGUUCACCUGUUGAAGAGAAAUUAAAAUGCGGCGCUAAAGUUAUUGAUGUCGGAUGUGGAACAGGAACAUGGCUUUUGGAUAUGGCCCGAACGUAUCCCGAAUCUUACUUUGUAGGAAUAGAUUUUUCACCAAUUUUUCCUACAGAAGGUCUUCCGGAAAAUUUAAAAUUCGUUAACUGCAACUUUCUGGACGGUUUACUUUUCGAAGACUCGUAUUUUGAUUUUACACACCAAAAAUUCAUGUGUGUUGCUUAUACCGAUGAGCAGUGGGAAAAAAAUGUUAUACCGGAAUUGUUAAGAAUAACCAAAUCAGGUGGAUGGAUUGAAUUUGCGGAAGCUGAUUCCCUUACAUCUACUGGAAAAGCUACGCAACGUAUUAUGAAUGGUCUGAAGGGUUACUAUGAAUCAAAAGGGUUGAAUUGCAACCUUAAGGAAUAUAUCCAUCAACUUCUAAAAAGCACCAAUGCUUUCUCAGAAAUUAGGACUGAGCAAAAAUCUAUUACUUUAGGUAAAAAAGGUGGUAAAUCUGGUCAAGAGACAUUAAAAUUUUAUAUGAGAGGUUUAAGCACUUCCAGGAACAUCAUGUCAUCUUUUAUGAAUAUCACGCCUGAACAUUUUGAUGCUCUAGCAGAAACGGUCUUUAUCGAAGCAGAAAAAUGUGACACAUAUUCCCUUCAAUAUCGAAUUUACGGACAUAAGCUUUAA